AAUAGGGUCAUUUAGCUCAACACCUCGUCCCCUUAUAUAACCUUCCCCCAUCUCCUCACCUGCGAAAACCCUAGCUCCGCCGCCGCCGCCGUUCAACCGCUCGUCUCCUCCUCCCUCGCGAGCGCUCGUUUCGGAUUCGGGGGAGAUGGCCAAGUCGAAGAACCACACGGCGCACAACCAGUCGUACAAGGCGCACAAGAACGGGAUCAAGAAGCCCAAGCGCCACCGCCAGACCUCCACCAAGGGGAUGGACCCAAAGUUCCUGAGGAACCAGAGAUAUUCCAGGAAGCAUAACAAGAAGAGUGGUGAGGCUGAAUCCGAGGAGUAAGAUGGAAGUUGUCCUUUCGGAAAAGCAUGUCUAUUUUGCCAGUUUUAACUCAGCAACCUUUUAGACUAUAGUUUCAUUAAUGAUGGAACUUCUAUGCUAUUCUGUAUGAUGGAAAGAUCUUUUGUUCUACCUGAGCAUUGUUGUGAUAAUGCUUUUUAGCUGAUGCUGCUGGAUGAAUUAUAUGCUAUUGAGUUAUGUGCCGUGAAUUGUGAAUCUACUUGAGGCUACUAGGCAUGUGAGGUUACAAUCCUCGUUGGUGAUGUCAGAAUUAAUAAUGCAUAAUAUUGGAGCGAUAUCAAUAUAUUGGGUGCUUAGA